AUGAAAUCCGACUACAUCAUCCGCUCAUCACUGCCUCCCAUUGAGUAUCCAAACAUUUCGUUGGGAGAAUAUUUUAUCAAUGCCCUCAAAGCACGCCACCCAGACACCAUUGCCAUUAUUGACCCUAAAUCGGGCGUCACCAUCAGUUAUGGCGAGCUGCACGCUAAAGCCUCCCAGUUUGCUCUGGUUCUGGUCAAACUGGGCGUCACGUCCUCUGAUCUGGUAAUGUUUUUUGCCGACAACAGCAUUGAGUACGUGGUGGCCCUCUACGGCGCCGCCUACCUCGGGGCGGUCACUCUGACGCAGUCAAAACCGGCGAAUGGCGCCUACGAAAUGGCCCAGCAGCUGCUUGACUCAAAAGCAACUGUUCUAGUGUUUGGAAAUCAACAGGUUCCGGUAGUGCACAAGGCUCUCAAUUCACCGGAAUACUCCUCCGCUGUACAACAGCUGAAGCUUUUUGUACAGUUGAGCAACAGCCAAAAAGGGGUUGAUGAUCAGCUACAAAACUCUGAAACACUGCGUGGAAAAAAACUGCUCUCGUUUGGUGAAAUUUGCAACCAAUGGAAAAGCUUUAAAUCCCAACCCCAAAAUUUGCCAACAGUUCCCUACUUUCCAGUUCACAAUCCCGCAACAGAUCACGCCCUCAUCGUCUACACCUCCGGCACAUCAGGUCAGCCGAAGGGGGCCAUCCACUCGCACCGUUCCUUCAUCGCCGGUCAACUUAAUCUUCGACUUCCGGCGCACUUUGAGGGCUUUAAACUGGCAAUGCAGUACCCGCUUGGUCACCUCUCCGGAACCAUCUUCAUUCCUCAGGCCUUCGACGCCGGCAUGACUGUAGUCCUUUUUGACGACUCCGCUCUGGAGCCCAUUCUCCAGGCAGUUGACCGGUACCGAAUUGAGGUGGCCUUCUUCACGGCAAACGUCGCCUCCAGGCUGGCCACGGAGGACUUUGCUUCACUGUCUUUAGAUUUAAACUGUCUGAAGGCGUUCCGCUACGCCGGCGCCAAAAUUGCGGACCACUUGCUGAAGGCGAUUCAAACUCGAUUCGGCGGCGCCGAGCUGUGGAACCUCUACGGCAGCACCGAAAUGGUGGGCACCGUAGUGACGGUAGACCGGGCCCAGGCCGGUCCGGAACACUUUGUUCCCGGAAGCUUAGGAGUAGUCCUGCCCAACAUUGAGCUGAAGAUUGCCGAUCUGGAGAGCGGCGAUCAGCUGGUGGCACUUCCUCCCGGAGAACUAGGUGAAAUCUGCUUCCGAGGGCCGCCCUGCUUUCUCGGCUACCUCAACAAUGAGAAGGCGACAAGAGAAACGAUCAGCCAAGAGGGCUGGUACCGGACAGGUGACGUCGGCUAUUUUGACCCAGCCAGUGGGUGCCUUUUUGCGGCGGAUCGCCUCAAGGAGCUGGUCAAGUUUCGCAUCUGGUCAGUGGUGCCCGCCGAGGUAGAGCAUUUUCUCCUGCAGAAGUGUGCUCCCGCCAUUGCGGAAGUUUGCGUCGUCGGCGUGCCCCACCUCACUGACGGACAGUGGCUGAGGGCGUAUGUGCAAAGGAAGAAAGAGGGACUUCCGGUAGAGGAGGCAGAGGUGAUGAACUUGGUUAAGCAAAACAUGGGCUUUCAGAAACAGCUUCGCGCGGGGGUGCAUUUCAUCUCCAAAAUGCCUCGAACGGCCAUCGGAAAGAUUGAUCGAGCGUAUUUUAGAAAGCUGGCGCAGCAGGAGCUGCUCACUGAUAUUAGCGAAGACUAG